AACGCCCGCCUGCAAGGUCCUCCGCGGGCUGGCAGCCUUGAGCCGCCGCCACCGCCGGUUCUCUGUGGGUGUCGGAGCCCCUUCCCCGCCCUGGUCUGGGCGUCCCGGAAUUCACUCCACUCGCCGCGGGUGCUCGGCGGUGCUGCACAUGGCCCAGCCUUGGAGCCGAUUUAGGGAGCCCGACGGGCUGGACCACACCGCGGCUCAGUAAUUGGCAGCCUGGGACGCUCAUGCACCACUGACUAGGAGGCAUUCCCUGCUGAGAGCUUCAUGACCCAGCGGUGCCGGGCCCAGUGAAGCCACCGUGGUGUCCAGCAUGGCCGCGCUACUACUGGGCGCGGUGCUGCUGGUGACACAGCCGCAGCUGGUGCCUUCCCGCCCUGCGGCCUCCGGGAUGGAGCCCAAUCAGCAGGAGCUCCUGCGGAAAGCAGGCACCCUCCGGGAUGACAUGCAAGACAGCGGGGCCACCAACRGCUCUGCCCAGCAGCUGCCGCAGACCAUCAUCAUUGGAGUGCGCAAGGGCGGCACCCGCGCACUGCUGGAGAUGCUCAGCCUGCACCCCGACGUGGCAGCCGCAGAGAACGAGGUGCACUUCUUCGACUGGGAGGAGCAUUACAGCCACGGCCUGGGCUGGUACCUCAGCCAGAUGCCCUUCUCCUUCCCGCACCAGCUCACGGUGGAAAAGACCCCCGCCUACUUCACGUCGCCCAAAGUGCCUGAGAGAGUCCACAGCAUGAACCCUUCCAUCCGGCUGCUGCUCAUCCUGCGAGACCCGUCGGAGCGCGUGCUGUCAGACUACACCCAAGUGUUCUACAACCACAUGCAGAAGCGCAAGCCCUACCCGUCCAUCGAGGAGUUCCUGCUGCGGGACGGCCGGCUCAACGUGGACUACAAGGCGCUCAACCGCAGCCUCUACCACGUGCACAUGCAGAACUGGCUGCGCUUCUUCCCGCUGCGCCACAUCCACAUCGUGGACGGCGACCGCCUCAUCAGGAACCCCUUCCCCGAGAUCCAGAAGGUCGAGAGGUUCCUGAAGCUGUCGCCCCAGAUCAACGCCUCGAACUUCUACUUUAACAAAACCAAGGGCUUUUACUGUCUGAGGGACAGUGGCCGGGACCGCUGCUUACAUGAGUCCAAAGGCCGGGCUCACCCCCAGGUCGACCCCAAACUACUCAACAAACUGCACGAAUAUUUCCACGAGCCAAAUAAGAAAUUCUUCGAGCUGGUGGGCAGGACAUUUGACUGGCACUGAUUGGCAGUAAGCUAGGCUCAGAGCCUUUCCAAUUGUAACUUCUGGUUGUACAUCUAGAGGGAAAAAGAGUUUUAAAAGGGCAUUUAAGCUAUAAUUUAUUUGUAAAAAUCCAUAAAUUACUUCUGUACAGUAUUAGAUUCACAAUUGCCAUAUAUACUAGUUAUAUUUUUCUACUUGUUAAAUGGAGGGCAUUUUGUAUUGUUUUUCAUGGUUGUUAACAUUGUGUAAUAUGUCUCUAUAUGAAGGAACUAAACUAUUUCACUGAAAAAAAAAUAGAUUUUUCUG